CUUGAUCGCCACAAAUCGAUUGCGGAGACCGCCCCCUUAGGGUGUGAUGAAUUCGUGGGCUCUCACAUGCGAAUUUAUUUGAUAUUUGUAAUUUUUGGUGUCAACCAUGACUCCAAAUGAGAUAGCUGGAGCCCAUAUAGGCAUUUAUGAAGCAUGGUAUAACCAGGUCGACAAGAACCACACUAAUGUCAUUGGGGCAUUAGAUGCUGCAAAGUUCCUGAAGAAGUCUGGACUUCAAGACAAUGUGCUGGGUCAGAUUUGGGACAUCGCUGACUCGAAAUGCAUGGGGCAGCUCGACAAAACGGGUUUCUUUGUUGCACUCAAGAUGAUAGCGCUGGCUCAGAACUCGAAACGGGUCGACAUUUCGAAUGUGCAGCUCAACGUACCUCCGCCCAACAUGGGAGAGCCGCCUCCCAUCAGCUCAACACCGCCAGCGGUGGGCAACGGCGACUCGUCCUGGGCGGUGCGACCGCAGGACCGGCAGCGGUACGAUCAGAUCUUCAACUCGCUCGGACCCAUCAACGAGCGACUUCCCGGCAACAAGGUGCGGGAGGUGCUGCUGAACUCGAAGCUGCCGAUGGACACCCUCGGCAGGAUAUGGGACCUCUCCGAUAUGGACAAGGACGGCUUCCUCGACAGGGACGAGUUCACCAUCGCAAUGCACCUGGUGUACCGGGCGCUGGCCAAGUGUCCCGUACCCGCCACACUGCCUCCCGAAAUGAUACCGGCCGCAAAGGCGCGGGGCUCACUGGGCUCAAUGCCUGACCUGCUGCCGACUUCCGACGGAAUUAUCAAGCCGAUCGCUCGGCCGUCGCCCUCUCCAGUCCAGCCCGUCUGGGUGGUGUCUGCCGCCGACAAGACCCGGGCAGACGCCAUGUUCACAGCCGCGGACCAGGAUCAGGACGGCUUCGUCUCCGGCGCCGAAAUCAAGGACAUCUUCCUCAAGUCGGGCGUGGCACAGCUAGCACUCGCACACAUAUGGAACCUGUGUGACAUGAAGCAGACUGGAAAGCUGAACCGGGAGCAGUUCGCUCUGGCGCUGUACCUGAUACAGCAGAAGCUGAACGGCGCUGAACUGCCGGCGGCGCUGACGCCAGAGAUGGUUCCGCCCACCAUGCGGCCAAAGCCGGGCCAGGAGGCGCCGCAACCACCCCCACAGGAGCGGGGCCCGACAUAUGAGAACCCGGAGUUGGAAGCCAUGCAUAAGGAGAUCGAGGCGCUGGUGUCUGAACAGAAUCAGCUCGAGCUGGAGAUCGGUCAGCGCGAGGAGCAGGUCAAGAGCAAAACGUCCGAGGCCUCCACGCUGCAGCGCGAGCUGGACACGCUAUCAGCUACCCUCAAACAGCUGGAGGGCCAGAAGAGCGCCGCCGCCGGGAAACUGGACGAUCUCGCUGCCCAGACCAGUAGGCUGGAGAAAGACCUCCAGGCCGCCAAAGAUGAGGUGGCGCGUGAACAGGAGAAGGUGGACCGUCUGCAGUCGCAGGUCAAGGACCAGGAGGAGUCGCUGGUGGCUCAGGAGCAGGAGCUGGCCGACAAGCGGCGCGAGCUGACCGAGCUGCGGGACGAGGAGCUCAGCCUGGAGCGCCAGGUGAAGGAGACCACCGAGCGGCAGGAGCGGCUCGGACGGACCAUGGAGGACGCCGCGCUCCAGCUCAGCCAGGCCAAGACGAAGGUGACUCAGCUGGAGGAAUGUCAGCGGAGGAUGUCAGAGGCGCUGGAGCAGUGCGAGGUGGCGCUCAGCAGUGGAGACGUGACCAGCGUGCCGGACUCGGCCCUGGACCCGGUCGACCAGUCGUUCGCUGACCCGCAGUUCACGGAGAUCCGCAGCAUGCUCAGUCCGGAGCCGGAACCGGAGCCCGAGCCGGAGCCGGAGCCCGAACAGAAGUCACAGCCGCCGCCACGUCCUGCGGCGCCCUCUUUCGCCACGAACGGCUUCAACGACCCGUUCCGACCUACCAGCGGGGGCGGAGGUGGCGGCGGCGGCGGCGGCGGGGCCGCCUGGGGCGCCUCGGACCCGUUUGGCGGCUGGGACGCGCCGGCCGCCGCUGCUCCGGCCGCCGAGCCGUCGCCCGCGCACGCCGAUCCGUUCGGCGCUGAGCCCUUCGCGGCUCCCUCGGCGGCGCCGGCGCGACCGCCGUCUGUCACACCCGACCUGCCGCCCAAACCGGCUGGAAAGGUGCCUCCCCCGCGCCCGGCACCGCCCAAAAACGUUCCUGCCCGGCCGCCGCCGCCGUCGUUCGCGGCCAAGCAGCAGGAGCAGUCGGCGACGCCGGCGACGGGUGGCUCCGGCGGCGUCGGGUUCGCUGACUUUGCCAACUUCGAUCAGUUCACCAGCGGCGGCGCGGCCACCGCUGACGACGUGUGGGCUUCCCCGUCGACCGAGUCGGCGCGGCCGCCGACCGUCGCCGACCCGUUCUCGGCGCAUGACCCGUUCGCCGGCGCGGAUCCGUUCGCCGCGUCCGAGACCGACCGCGGCGACCCGUUCGCCUCCGUCGACCCGGACUCGGACCCGUUCGCGUCGCCGACCGGCGCCGGCGCAGACCCGUUCGCCGGGAGCGACCCCUUCUCGGGCGGUGAUCCGUUCGGUUCGUCAGACCCGUUUGCGGGCUCUGAUGGCCGAGAUUCGGGCUUCGUCACCCAGUCGUCUACCAUGGAGUUCUCCCGGCUGACGCUGGGCGGUGACGGCGGCGGACGGGCGGCGCACGACCCGUUUGACCCGCUGCCCUCCCGUGGCGGCGGCGGUGGGUUCGGCCAGUCCCGCUCCUACGCGCCCUCCCCGGUGGUGGGAGCGGCAGCGGCGGCGGCGGCCGGCCGCUCGGCCUCGGCUCGCGCCACGCCGGCGAGUGAGCUGGAGAGGAAGGCCGCCCGCAGCCCGAGCACGGUAUUGUAGCUGCCGGUGACGGGGAGCGGCGGAGCUGCCGGCCGUGCUGAUUGUCCACCGCUGGAGCCGACCGACCCGGCCGCCGUGCGGUCCGGAGCCGGCGCUCUCAGCGGUGUCACCCCGCCCGAGCCAGGCGCGGCCCGAUCACAGGACACAGCAGGCCUCACACGCCGCUUCUCACCCGGCUUUGACUGGUGGUCGGUGUAACAAUAAUAAGCCGAAAGGCGCUCACCCGGCUAGUGUAGGUGCGGCGGGCGGUGCGCCGCCCCGCGGCCGCUGCCUGUGGUGGGCAGUGGCCGGCGGGUGCCAGGCCUGUCCCGCGGACCCAGCGCGUGCCGCCGCGGGCCGCGUCCGCCGGCGCGUAGCUGCAGUGUCUGUAUGUGUGUGUGUGUGCAGUGAACUAGCUGGAGACGUGUUCGUACUGCGUGCGAGCCGAGUAGCUACUGGUACUGCCCUCCUGUAUCCUCUGUCUGUCACAGUUAGUCUCUCUCCGCUCCUCUCUCUGUGUUCCUCUCAGCUCCCACACUCUCUCCCCCUCUCUCUGUCGUCUGCGAUCUAGGUGUUUCGCCUCUGUCCUGUGUCAGGCGCCAGCGUACUUCGUGACAUAGCGGUGGGAGUGGCGAGGGCGACCGUAGCGCACACAGCCAGGCGGUAUUGGCCGGAUAUUAGCGUGUAUCAUCAGUUGGUUGACCAGACAGUGAGUUGUGACUUAAAGACGUUGUGAAUAGCUCGAGCUGUUUGGAACCUGGUUUCUGUGUUAUUUCAAGUGUAAGCUCUCCCCUCAAUGCUCGGUUAUUCAAUCAGAAGCGGCUAAUGUAUGUGUUUACUAGGCGCCGGUACAGAGCCUGCAGGUUUUGCAUUUUAUCGUUUAUGUCGAGGGAUUCGAGAAGGGUAAUUACGGGACUCGCCUCGCCCCGAAGUGCCCCGUGGCGCUGAGCUGAUGCUAGCCCCGGCUCACAGUGACCACUCGCCGCGUCGGUGGCUGCCGAGGUAGCCCGUUUUGUAAGCGAUCAUAAUAAUUGUCCCUGCCCGAGUGUAGUUGUGACUGACCGGCAUUUUAUUUAUACAUUGUUUCCGAGUCAUCCGCCAGAGCGCUGUGUAACGGGAUCUAGCAGCAGCCGCCCGGAAUAGACAGAAUCCAUAAUGGUUUGCAUUUGGUAGUGUAAUUGGCCAAAUUGAAAAUCAUCUAAAUCCAAGUAAGGACGUCUACGUCUAGCCGGGCUGCUGCGGCUUGGGUCAGCGCAAAGCCCGGCGGUACCUCGGCCGGCCAUCCCACACCGCUGCAAUCAGUGGCGCGGCGCGGUCCGCCCCCACCAGCUCCCCUCGAUCAUUUGCCGCGUGCGCUCCGAGCUCUAGGUGUCAGUUCCCUCUCCACCGGCGUCCGCCAGCCAUUCCACGAGUAGAGCGGAGCCGCGGUCCGAUCCGCCGCGGCCGCGGACUUAUACAUACAGAUAUACCUGUCUGGUGCGGAGUUAAUGGUUAUUCGUAUUGUGUAAAUAUAUAUCAGUCAUCGUCA